CCCGGUCCAUCUUCUCAGCACGCCACCUGAGCACUCCCGCCACACUUUCCCGCCUCCCUUCCGCCGCCUGCCAUUGCUUGUAAUCCCUUCCCCCAGAAAUGGACAACACUUCGAGUGCACCGCUGCUCAACGAGCUGUGCAGCGUUUGCAAUACUACACAGUUCAAAUACCGCUGUCCCGGUUGCAGUGCACGCACUUGCUCACUGCCAUGCUAUAAACGACACCAACAAUGGGCCCAGUGCUCUGGCAAACGUGAUCCCACCAAAUUCGUGAAAAAGUCACAGCUGCUAACACCUGCCGGCAUUGACCAUGACUUCAACUUCCUCUCCGGAAUAGAGCGGAAUCUCGACAGAGCUGAUAAGGUUGCCGCCCACGCUUCUGCUGCCGCCCCCUCCGACGGUCUGUCAAAUCGCCAGCGCGCUGGUGUGCCCUAUGCUAAACUUGAGGCUGCUGCUGGUGUCAACAUCAUCCGAGCGCCCCAGGGUUUGAGCAGACAAAGGGAGAACAAGUCGCACAUGUCGGCCACAAAGAAAGCAUCCCGCAAUAUCGUCUGGACAGUUGAGUGGAUAGAUGAUGCGUCCAAGACGCGUGUGCUUACUCAGACCUCGUCAGUACAACAGAUAAAAGAUGCCCAGCCCUUUGCCCACUAUGGCGUCAAUAGCAAAAGCAAGAAACGGAAGCUCAACACUGAAACUCCUGCUGUUGUUGCUGCUGCUACUACUACUACCAUUCUUGAAUCAACCCAGUCACAGCAACAUGUCGCGCCUGUUGCAGAGGAUCAAGACCAGCCACUCCAACAGAUCCACGUGGACGUUCCGAUCAGCGACGCACAGUCAGAGCCCGUCUCGCCUGUCCGAGGAGGAACAACCCCUCCUCGGUCAGAAAAAGGACAACCCUCCAAAAGAGAAGUGGACGUGGCAGACGGACGCCCUAGCGAUAAUGGUCAUGAUGAGCCAAGCGCCCAUACCAUGGGUCAGCCCAGGUUUUUUCUACUAAAACCUCGCACGAGCACGAGCCGCCACGUACUCAUACCGCUUGAUUACUCGUGUACACUCGCUGAGAGCCUACAUGGCCGGACCGUUCUCGAGUUCCCAACUAUACAUGUGUUUCCUGCAGAUAUGGAUGAGUUACCUAAAGAGGAGUUUAUGUUAGAGGAAGAGUACGCUGAGCUGGAAGGUGAGCAACAAAAGGAGUUUGACGAAUUGAUGGGAGAACUUGAUCCGGAGAUUCUAAAGAGAUUGAAGGAAGGCGAGGAUGGGAUGCCCAAGAAUGGAAUAGGUAAUCCUGAUGAGGAAGUUGACAGCAAGAAGAUCCUGGAUGUGCUCAAGCAAGAUCUCGGCGGACGCUUGUGAUUGUAAAUGAUCCAAUCAUAUCCCUGCUUGGUUAAAACAAAGGUUACUCGUUACAUGUGGAAGCGUCUGAUCCGCUGCAAUCUUCAACCAAGGUCUUGCUUGAAGAAACAAGAUGUUCUUUUUUUUUUUAAAAUUCAUGGUUGAGUUGACAUGUCCAC